CCUUCCCAGCCCCCCCGCUGGUCUCCGUCCGUCCUUCCGGUGGGCAAAUGCCCGAGCAUGAUGGGCUCCCGGCGGAGGCCCCUGGGCCGCUCCUAUUCGGGCAACGGGCCUUUCUCCGCGUACAGCCCCGGGCCGGGGAGCGACGGCGAGGACAACGGGCCCCUGGGGGAGCACCGGCCCGAAAGGCGCAACUACCUGCUCAGCGUCCGCCCGGAGAACAGCUUACCAACCAACCGAUUAUCUCCCUCCAACUUUGGAAGGAGCACCUUCUGUGCAAUCAUUGCUCAGCUGACUGAGGAGACGCAGCCUCUUUUCGAAACCACGCUGAAAUCAUACGCUGUGUCUGAAGACGCAGAUGCAAAAUUCACGUGCGUGGUGACAGGAUACCCACAGCCAGAAGUGACCUGGUACAAAGAUGAAGAAGAGAUGGACAGAUACUGUGGCUUGCCAAAAUACCAGAUCUUCCGUCAUGGGAACCGACAUACACUGCAGUUAUACAAGUGCACAGAGGAUGAUGCAGCCAUUUACCAGGCCUCAGCCAGAAACAGCAAGGGGAUCGUGUCCUGUUCGGGAGUCUUGGAAGUCGGAACCAUGACAGAGUAUAAAAUCCACCAGCGGUGGUUUGCCAGGCUCAAGAGGAACGCCGAAGCCAAGCUGCGGGAGAUUGAGCAGAGCAGGAAACGAGGGAAGGAGAAUGUGGAAAUGGAGCAGCUGAGGAGAGUGAGUCCGGAUCGGUUCCAGCGGAAACGUCGGCUGACGGGAGAAGUUGGGAUGCGGUCGGGUGCCUCCCUCUGGGACAAAGAGGAGGUGGCAAAGGUGCGCAUCCCGGAUGGGAAGUCACGGUUUGGGGAGGGCGAUCACCCCACAGACCAAGAGCCUCCACUAAACACCACUGCCCUGUUUUCUAAGAAUUUCAUCUCGGGGCGGAUGGAAGGGGAAGUCACUGCCAACGUGGAUGCUUCUCUGGAGAACGGAGAGCCGAACGGGGAAGAGAAUGCCAACGGCUUCCUCUCCUAUAUCUACGAGGCCGUGGAGAAGAUGAAAACCAAGCCGACAAACAAGGAGUAUUCCGUGAAGAAGAAGAAGAAGAAAGAGGAGAAGGCUAGUAGCUCACCAAAUGCACCUUGGGACGCUUCCCAGCAAGAGGGUGGGAAGCAGCAGAGGAGAAAUGUCGCGGUCCAUCAAGGUGUCAGCCCCGUUGCCGCAGCUCAAAGUGCAUCGCCAGUGGCAAAUGGGGAGCUGACGGGAGCAGAGAUCAAAGAACCUUCAUGCCAGGCUACAGAAAGACCCACAUCCUUGCCCCCUGCCCCAUCUUCCAAAGAUGGCAUCUACUUUUCUCUGAAGGAUAUGUAUUUUGAUUCUGAAAAGAAGCCUGAACUUAAGCAGGAGAUGCCAGAAGUAAAGUUGGUGAGAAAAAAGGCAGAUGAACCCAGCGUGGCUGUCUCUGUUCCAGAAGAGACUCUACCAAAAACCAGUAUGGCUUUGAAAACGGCUGUACUGGAGGAAAGGAAAAAUGAAUCCUGCUCAGAGCGAGAGGAAAAGGAAAAGGAAGCUGUACAGAUUAAGAGCGCAACAUUGCCAUUUGUGGAAACCCUGGGAGAUCCUAACGCCACAUCGUUCCAGCAUCUAGACAGGUCUGUAGAGCCUGCCAAGGAAGCUCAAGAAGGCGCAGCUCCCUUCCAGAGGCCAAAUGCGGCCAAGAUGCCAGACAAAAGCCCCUCAAGAACGGAUUUUCAGCAUCCAAAUGAGACUCUGGACCCUGGAGCCCGGGCGCCAUCUCCUUUCCCAAAGGAGAACAGAACACGAUUACUCGAUGGGCACAUCCGUGAAACGGACUUGCUGGACUCCUUCCCCACUGGAGUUGAGCCCGCCCAGCACCGCCAAAGCCCCUUCCGGGGAGACACAGGGAUCAAUCCAGCCCAGCUCUCUCAGGGAGCCAAGCAAGACUUACAGGAGGCUGCCUUGGAAGAACAGCUGUACACCCAAGGGCCUUGCGAGUCUCCAGGAAACCUAGCACCUGUUGUGUCCCCUGACUACAAUCUCCAAACUCCAGUUUCUAAUCUUAGAGAAGAAAAGAACCACAAAGUCAGCUGCAUCACAUUAAGGACGAGUCUCCUUGGAGAAAGAGAGACGAAAGGGUCCGAGGAGUCGGCUGGUGCCAGCCCAGAAGCCCAAGACCUGGAUGGGGUGGCCGGUCUAGGCCAAGAAGACAAGCAGGAUGCCUCUGUGGCUUCCCAGAAUCCUCCAUCUGUUUCCUUAGAUGUCUCGCAGCCGAUUGGGAAGGAAGAUCUGCUUGUGAAAGGAGAUGUGGGGCGGCAUUCCCCACGUUUUGAUAAUGGUGAAAUUGAGCACAGACCAACUCCAGGUCAUAGGAGUGAAGAGCUGGUUACUCAUGGAUUACCUUUCCAGGAGGCUGUUCUUGAGGAGAGACCUACAGACCCGUUUGCUCGAGUUGUCCCUCAGAUCGAAAUAGUGGGUGAAGAAGAAAUUGCUGAAGUGUCGCAGGACAACAAGCCUGGUUUAGAAACAGGAUCAGGUCUGGAGGGCGAGAGGUUCCCGGCUGUGACAAUCAGGCCAUUGGUGCUCCCAGAUGUCGCAGUGGAAACGUCAUUUCCUGGCCACAUUCCUCCAGCUAUGAUGCCCUCUCCAAGCCCAACAGCUCUCCAGGAACCACAGACACCAGCUCAGUUCUCCCCGGUCAAAGAGGGCUUUGCCGAGAGGAAUCAGUCAGUGGCACAUUUGGUGAAGGACGUCAGGAGGGAAACAGAAGCUCAGUCAUCGGUAACGUCAAUGGGUGGAGUUCCAGAGCAACCUAUCCAUAGAACUGCUGCAGAGGAAGUCUGUGUUGAAGAAAAAACCAUGGGUCCUCCAGAGGUUGAAGGAGACGAACUAGAGGCUUUCCCUCUUGGCAAAAAGGCAGAAAUCCAAAUGCAGGAAAGGGAGGAAACAACUUCAGAAGGGCCUUCAGCACCAGAGGCGGCCAUGGAGGAGGAGGAGGAGGAGGAAGAGGUGGUGCAGAAAGCACAGCAGCAAGGCCUUGUGUCCUCUCUAAAGAAUUACUUGCUGCUCCUCUUAAAGAUGAGCACAGAGCCAGAUAAAAAGAAAGGCAAAGCAAAGCAAGAAGCCAAGGUUGUGGAGGAAACGAAGCCACCUUCUGCGAUUCCAAAGCACGUUGCGGACGUGGGCAUUGCUGGGCUAACCCCCAGGACAUCCAGAAAGAUCUUUGAGCGGGUGGAGACCAACCAGCUGUUCCAGAGCGCCGAGAGCCUGCAGCUGACCCCCAGGACUUCUCGGAAGCUGACGGGGAUGAUCAACCAAGAGCUAUUAGCUUGCAAGGAGAGCCUCGUGGCUGAACCAGAAGCCCCUGCGUUGCCAUGUGUGCCCUCCAUUGUGGUAGGCAGUGCCUCUGCAGAGCUGGCCGGGCCCCCAGAGCCAUCCCCAGAGAUUUCUGGUGAAGCAGUGGCUGCCCUGCCUAGUGCCACCCCUCAGGAGUUGGCAUUAGGGGCACGUCGUAAAAUAUUCCUACCCAAAGCCAAGCAGGCGGAUGAGAUGGAAGAAGGGAUUGGCCUCGACGACACAGCUCCACGGGCCAAAAGGGAGAGUCCCACUGUGUCUCCGAAGCAGGGCCGCAGGAGCACGGCUCUCCUCCCAGCCCCUGGGACAGCUUCUCCACCUGCGGAGAGGCGCUCCCCGACCCAGGCCAGAAAGAUGGCCACAUUGGAAGUGCCCAAGAUGUAUGAAGAACCUGCAGAAGAAAGCAAGGAGGUGGUGGCAGAGGACUCUUUGAUUUCCCCAGAGAACCUUCAAGGGAUCCCACAGGAAGGUCAAGGAGGGGAAACCCGGAAAACAAAUGACCCAUUUAAAGCGCCGCAGGUAAUUCGCAAAAUCCGAGCAGAGCAGUUCUCAGAUGCCUCUGGAAACCUGAAGCUGUGGUGCCAGUUCUUCAAUAUUUUGAGUGACUCUAAGCUGACCUGGUACAAGGAUGAGGUGCCUGUGGCGGAUGUCAGAAGAAGUGCUGGGGAUGAAGGGCAGGCAGCCCUGGCCAUCGUGCAGGUCUCCCAGAAGGACUGUGGGGUCUAUCAGUGCGCCAUCCAGAAUGAAUAUGGCACAGAUACCACUGACUUCCUGCUGAGUGCUGAAGUCUUGUCGGGAUUUAUCUUCAAAGAAGAAAUAGAAGGUAAAUUGUGCCCAGGGGACAGUGUGGUGAGUCUGUGCCCCUCCAGGUACCGUGGCCAAAUGCCGCAGCUGAGUCCCACAGGCUCUUGCAGGGGUGAAGCCCACCACCAAGAG